CUGUUUACCACAAUUGACGCCACCGACACCUAUAACUUACCAAAAAUGAAACGACACAAAUUGAAUAGAGCGGUGUGGUUAGUACUGAGCAUUGACUAUUGAGUAGUAGCUCAGAUUUCUGGUUAACUGUUAUAACGUCAUUAUAUUUGGUAAUUUAUUGUUUGUUAUUGUUUUGGUCAGUUGCUGCUGCUUCUUCAUUACUCAAAGGCUCUUUAGUAUAUCUAGAGAGAGAGAGAAGUACAUAGAAAGAGAGAGAAGACUGAGAAAGAAAUCUAGAUUUGUGUGAACGGUUUCAGUACCAAUGGCUUCGAAGCUGUUAAUGAUAACUGUGUUCGUGUUGAAUCUAAUUGCUUUUGGUUUGGCCGUUGCUGCUGAGCGGAGAAGAAGCACUGCAACAAUCAAAGAAGAUGGUGAAAACGACUAUAGUUAUUGCAUCUAUGACUCCGACAUAUCAACUGGCUUCGGUAUUGGUGCCUUCUUAUUUCUCUUGGUUAGUCAAUUAAUUAUAAUGUUGGCGAGCCGUUGCUUCUGUUGUGGAAAGGCUUUGAGCCCUGGAGGUUCAAGGGCUUGUGCUGUUCUCUUAUUCAUCAUAUGCUGGAUUACAUUUUUCAUUGCUGAGGUCUGCUUGUUGGCUGGUUCAGUUAGGAAUGCUUAUCACACCAAGUACCGAUCAUCAUACUUGAUUGACGACAAGCCUGUGUCUUGUGAAACUCUGAGAAAAGGAGUUUUUGCAGCUGGAGCAGCUUUCAUUUUCUUCACCAGCAUAAUCUCCCAGUUCUACUAUGUGUCCUACUCCAAGGCUAGGGGUGGCGCCAUGCCAUAUGCUGGAGAACCUGGUGUAGGCAUGGCAGCCUAUAAAUGAGGGUGAUCAAAGGUGGUUACGGCGUUUUAUCUUUGUUAAAAUAGCUUUGAUUUGAAGUUUAUGUAUAAUACGACUUUCCAUUGUUUAAUUGCCUCUGAUUUAUUGCUGUAGGAGAAAGCUUGUAUUGCCAUAGGGUUCCAAAUGUCUUGAUCUCUUCAUUGCUGCAUAAAAUUUUUGUUCUACGUUAAUAUGGAUUGGAUACACAGAAUGCGAACUUUUGUCUGUGAA